UUUUAGUGUCUUAAACGUAUACAUUUUGGUAAAUUAGCUUAUCGUUGUCAAACAUGUAAUGCUCUAUGUCAUACAGGUUGUAAAGAAAAUUGUACAACAUUAUGUUUACCAAAUAUUAAAACACCAAAUCGUGGUGCUGUAUCAAAAUUUAGUCCACGUGAAACAAAUCAAUUACAAAUACCGGCUUUACUUGUACAUUGUAUUAAUGAAAUUGAACAACGUGGUUUACAAGAAAUUGGAAUUUAUCGAUUGAAUGUUGUUGAAAGUCAAGUAAAAGAAUUAAAAGAACGAAUACUUAAAUCACGUACAGGUUUAUUUGAUUUAUCACAUUAUAAUGAUAUACAUUUAAUUUGUGGUGUUGUUAAAGAUUUUCUUCGUUCAUUAUCUGAAUCAUUAUUAACAGAUACAUUAUGGAAAUCAUUUUCUAAUGUUAUUGAUGAAGAAUCUUAUUUAAUAAAACAACAAAAAUUUGAUUUACUUAUUCAACAAUUACCAAAACCAAAUCGUGAUACAUUAGCAUUUAUUAUUCUUCAUUUACAACGUGUUUCUACAUCACCACUUUGUCGAAUGCCUAUAAUUAAUUUAAGUCGAACAAUGGGUCCAGCUGUUAUUGGUUAUUCAUCAAAACAUAUAUCAAAUAUUGAUCUUGUUGGUGAAACAUAUCAACAAACAAGAAUUCUUGAAUUUUUUCUUAAUAUGCCAUCGAAUUAUUGGAGUAAAUUUCUUGAAACUAAUAUAACAUCAACAUCAAUGAAUAAACAACAAAUUGGUACACCUAUUCUCAUUCGUGAACAUUAUUAUCAAACUACACCUAAAAUAAAUUAUCCAACUCCGUCAAAUACAUUUUUUUCUCCAAUUUAA